AUGUUAAAAGGGGUUUUUUUCUUAAGACAAUUAAUGCUUAAGAGGUCAUUUAGUAAAGUUGCAACAUCAAACAGACCAAUCACCACAAAUAUGAGUACCGAUUAUUCAAAUUGGUCAAAAGAAGAUUUGAUUGCCAAAAUCAAUCAACUUGAAAAUAACCCACUUCCUAUUAGCAAUGGAGAAGACGUGUCACAUUUAAGAAUCAAACCUCCCAAAAAACAGAAAAAGAAAGAGUUUGAUUGGAGUAAACAAAACAUGAGAUUUGUUGCUUUCAAAUUUGCUUAUCUAGGUUGGAAUUAUAAUGGAUUAGCAUUACAGGGAGAACCCACUCCAUUACCUACAGUAGAAGAAAUGUUUUUAAAAGCAUUAGCAAAAGUCAAAUUAAUUAAAGAACCUAUAGAAGAAGUCAAAUUUUCUCGAUGUGGUAGAACCGAUAAAGGUGUUAGUGCCAUGAAUCAAGUAAUUUCCAUUGAUGUUCGAUCUAAUUUAUCUUUAGAGAAUCAAGCCAAUCCUGAGUUUGAUGAUCAAGAAAUCGAUUAUAUAUCAGUAUUAAAUGCUAAUUUACCAAGUGAUAUUAAAGUUCAUUCCAUAUGUUUAAGACCACCACCAGAAUUCGAUGCUAGAUUCAGUUGUUUAUCUUGUCAUUAUCGAUAUAUUUUCCGUAAACAAGAUUUAAAUAUUGAUUUAAUGAAUCAAGGAGCCAAUCUUUAUCAAGGAAUUCAUGAUUUUAGAAAUUUUUGUAAAUUAGAUGGUUCAAAACAAAUUACAAAUUUCGUACGAGAAAUUUAUCAAGCACAAAUUUUACAUUUACAUCAAGAUUAUUAUUGUUUUGAUUUAAAAGGUUCAGCAUUUUUAUGGCAUCAAGUUCGGUGUAUGGUAGCAAUAUUGUUUAGUAUUGGCCAAGAGUUAGAAUCACCCCUGAUAAUCACUGAUUUAAUGGAUAUGACCAAGUACCCAACUAAACCACAAUAUGAAAUGGCUCAUGAUAUACCAUUAGUGUUGUAUGAUUGUGAAUUCCCACCAAUGGAAUGGAAAUCAACUAAUGAUGAAUAUAGAUUACAUCGAGUAAUACAAAGUUUUACACGAAUGCAAUACGAUUUACAAUUAAAGACUCAAAUGCUGCAAAUUAUGGAAAACACUUUAUUAUUUAAAAAUCAAGAUUCUGCCACAACCAAGAUUUUGAAAACUAUGAAUAAUGGUGAUGGAGUUGGUCGAUCUUAUAACAAGUAUAUGCCAAUACUGGAACGUGAACGUACUGAAAGUUAUGAAGUUCUAAAUCUCCGAUGGAUGGAGAAAAAGGGGUAUAAAAGGGAACAAGAGAAACUCAACAAAUAG